AUGAGAGUGGAAUCACAAGUUCCACCUGUACAAAGAACUUAUUAUGAAGAGUUAUUUAAAUCGGCGGAUUUAGAUAGAGACGGUGAGAUUGGUGUUACAGAUGCAGCUUUCUUUAGGAAAUCAAUGUUACCGAAUGAAACGCUCGGUGAGAUUUGGAUGCUUUCAGAUGUUAAGAAUGGCAAGUUGGAUAUCGAUGACUUUAUCGUUGCGCUAAAGUUGAUUUCUUUGGCUCAGUUGGGUGCACCUAUAUCGCUCGACAGCAUCAGAAUGAUGCCAGUCGUACCACCACCGAAACUGCAAGAGGUGGCACCGAUGCCAUUCGACUGGGUGCAACAUUGGAAUACCGUCACCCAAGGUGCCAGAGUGGUUGAUUCCACCGGCCGAGCGAAUCAUCCACGAGGACACAUUCAACAAGAAUCAACAGAACGGCAAAGUCAGUGGAAUGCAAGCAAAGUUGAUCUUUGA